GACACACUCACACACACAGACACACAGGCAAAGGCGCACACACUGCGCUGUGUGCUUUCGGAGGAGGAGGAGGAGGUGGUGAUUUUCGGAAGAGGAGGAAGAGGUGGUGUCGGGGAGGGGGGCUCUCUUUCCCCGCUUGGAGAUGGUCGUGCUAUUCCUCCUCGCCUUGCUCUGGAUGGUGGAGGGGGCCCUUUGCCAGCUCCAUUACACGGUGCAGGAGGAGCAGGAGCAUGGCACGUUCGUGGGAAAUAUCGCCGAGGACCUGGGCUUGGACAUUACAAAACUUUCGGCUCGCCGCUUCCAGACGGCGCCCAACUCCCGCAGCCCUUACCUGGAGCUCAACUUGGAGACCGGGGUGCUCUACGUGAACGAGAAGAUCGACCGGGAGCAGAUCUGCAAGCAGAGCCCCUCCUGCCUGCUGCACCUGGAGGUCUUCCUGGAGAACCCCCUGGAGCUGUUCCGGGUGGAGAUCGAGGUGCUGGACAUCAACGACAACCCGCCCUCCUUCCCGGAGCCCGACCUCACGGUGGAGAUCUCGGAGAGCGCCACGCCGGGCACCCGCUUCCCCCUGGAGAGCGCCUUCGACCCCGACGUGGGCACCAACUCGCUGCGCACCUACGAGAUCACCCCCAACAGCUACUUCUCCCUCGACGUGCAGACGCAGGGCGACGGCAACCGCUUCGCCGAGCUGGUGCUGGACCAGCCGCUGGACCGCGAGCAGCAAGCCGUGCACCGCUACGUGCUGACGGCGGUGGACGGCGGGCAGCCCCAGCAGCGCACCGGCACCGCCCUGCUCACCGUGCGGGUGCUGGACUCCAACGACAACGUCCCCGCCUUCGAGCAGCCCGUCUACACCGUGUCGCUGCCCGAGAACUCGCCUCCCGGCACCCUGGUGCUGCAGCUCAACGCCAGCGACCCCGACGAGGGGCAGAACGGCGAGGUCAUCUAUUCCUUCAGCAGCCACAUCUCGGCCCGCGCCCGGGAGCUCUUCGGCAUCGCGCCGCGCACCGGGCGGCUGGAGGUGAGCGGCGAGCUGGACUACGAGGAGAGCAGCGUGUACCAGGUGUACGUGCAAGCCAAGGACCUGGGGCCCAACGCCGUGCCGGCGCACUGCAAGGUGCUGGUGCGGGUGCUGGACGCCAACGACAACGCGCCCGAGAUCAGCUUCUCCACCGUCAAGGAGGCGGUGAGCGAGGCGGCGGCGCCGGGCACCGUGGUGGCCCUCUUCAGCGUGUCGGACCGCGACUCGGAGGAGAACGGGCAGGUGCAGUGCGAGCUGCUGCAGGGCGACGCGCCCUUCCGCCUCAAGAGCUCCUUCAAGAACUACUACACCAUCGUCACCGAGGGGCCGCUCGACCGCGAGCAGCCGGGCGGCGACGCCUACACGCUGACGGUGGUGGCUCGGGACGGCGGCCGGCCGCCGCUCAGCACCAGCAAGUCCAUCCAGGUGCGGGUGAGCGACGUGAACGACAACGCGCCGCGCUUCUCGCAGCCCGUCUACCAGGUCUUCGUCAGCGAGAACAACGUGCCCGGCGCCUACAUCUACGCCGUCAGCGCCACCGACCGCGACCAGGGCGCCAACGCGCGGCUCGCCUACUCCAUCCUGGAGAGCCAGAUCCAGGGCAUGUCCGUCUUCACCUACGUCUCCAUCAACGCCGAGAACGGCUUCCUCUACGCGCUGCGCUCCUUCGACUACGAGCAGCUCAAGGAGUUCAGCUUCCAGGUGGAGGCCCGCGACGCCGGCGAGGAGCCGCGCCCGCUGGCCGCCAACGCCACCGUCAACAUCGUGGUCGUGGACCAGAACGACAACGCGCCCGCCAUCGUCAGCCCCGUGCCGGGCCGCAACGGCACCCCGGCGAGGGAGCUGCUGCCCCGCGGCGCCGAGCCGGGCUACCUGGUGAGCCGGGUGGCCGCCGUGGACGCCGACGACGGCGACAACGCGCGCCUCACCUACAGCAUCGCGCGGGGCAACGAGGCCAGCCUCUUCCGCAUGGACUGGCGCAGCGGCGAGCUCCGCACGGCGCGCAGGGUGCCGGCCAAGCGCGACCCGCAGCGCCCCUACGAGCUGCUCGUCGAGGUGCGCGACCACGGGCAGCCGCCGCUCUCCUCCACCGCCGCCAUCCAGGUGGUGCUGGUGGACGGCGCGGCCGAGCGGCCCGGCGGAGGCGGCGGCGGCGGCGGGCAGGGAGCCGGGGCGGGCGCGGGGGGCGGCGGGGCAGGCGGCGAGCACCGUCCCAGCCGCUCCGGGGGGGACGCGUCGCUCGACCUCACCCUCAUCCUCAUCAUCGCGCUGGGCUCCGUGUCCUUCGUCUUCCUGCUGGCCAUGAUCGUGCUGGCCGUGCGCUGCCAGAAGGAGAAGAAGCUCAACAUCUACACCUGCCUGGCCAGCGACUGCUGCCUGGGCUGCUGCUGCUGCUGCCCCUGCUGCAGCCGCCAGGCGCGGGCCCGCAAGAAGAAGCUCAGCAAGUCGGACAUCAUGCUGGUGCAGAGCUCCAACGUGCCCAGCAACCCGGCGCAGGUGCCGGCCGAGGAGGCGGGCAGCUUCGGCUCCCACCACCACAACCAGAACUACUGCUACCAGGUCUGCCUCACCCCCGAGUCCGCCAAGACCGACCUGAUGUUCCUCAAGCCCUGCAGCCCCUCCCGCAGCACCGACGCCGAGCACAACCCCUGCGGGGCCAUCGUCACCGGUUAUGCCGACCAGCAGCCCGACAUCAUCUCCAACGGCAGCAUCCUCUCCAGCGAGACAAAACAUCAGCGUGCUGAGCUCAGUUAUCUAGUUGACAGACCCCGACGGGUAAACAGUUCUGCAUUCCAGGAAGCAGACAUAGUAAGCUCUAAGGACAGUGGUCAUGGAGACAGUGAGCAAGGAGACAGUGAUCAUGAUGCCACUAAUCGAGGUCAAUCCUCUGUUUCUUUUUCUCUCAUGCUUGCAGGCAUGGAUCUCUUCUCCAAUUGCACAGAGGAAUGUAAAGCACUGGGCCACUCAGAUCGGUGCUGGAUGCCUUCCUUUGUCCCAUCUGAUGGACGCCAAGCUGCAGAUUACCGCAGCAAUCUGCACGUACCUGGCAUGGACUCCGUUCCAGACACUGAAGUGUUUGAAACACCAGAAGCCCAGCCGGGGGCAGAAAGGUCCUUCUCCACCUUCGGCAAAGAGAAGGCCCUUCACAACACUCUGGAGAGGAAGGAGUUGGAUGGACUGCUGUCUAAUACACGAGCGCCUUACAAACCACCAUAUUUGAAACAUGGGUCGCAGCAGAGUAAUCUUCCCCAUCCUACAUCCCCCAGCCCCAGCCGUGUGUCUCACCCUUUACCUGGAUACACCACUACAAAGGCGUUUGCCAUCUCUGGAUCUCAAAGUGGAUUAUAAAGAAUAGUGAUUUAAACCUUCCUGCACCUCUAGGAGAUAGCACGGAAAAGGAUAUGCUAGUCACUUCUACAGGACUUACCUGAAGCAGCAUGAUUUGCACAAAAGUCGACCAACAAAAAGCAUCAACUUUCAACUUCAUUAUCUUGGCCAUCCAGUUCUGUCUAACUGAAGGAUUUGUGUGCUGUUGGAGACAUCAUGGCCAACAAUAGGACCUAAUUGCUCUCAGCAGGCCUGAGAAAUGAGUUGAAAUGUGUAGAACUGUAGAAACUUCAGAGGCAACUGAUCUUGCCUCUCUGAUCAGUGUGUGCCUGUUUACAGCACUAUAUAUCUUUCUCUCUCCAAAAUGUCACUGAGCCCUUUAGAUGUUUAUAUUCACCACAAGAAGCCAAUCGUACAGAUAAAAGAAAUGUGCAUUAUAAAUGCAAUAUCACUGUUUUAAACUUGACUGUUUUAUAUUAUUUUUGUGUGAUCAAGUGUUCCCCAAACUAUUCCAACUUUACAAGAGAGAUUGUGAUCAUGUUCUUUUCACCCGUGGGUCUCAAAAAUGUUGUUAAUCUGAGGACCCACAAAAUUAUCAAAGACAUUCUGUAGUUUAUACACCGUGUUGCAAAGUGUUUACUGUACUAUUUCAAAGCUUCUAAAUAAAUAUAAAAUAUAUAUAUAUUAUAUUAUAUAUAAUUUUCCGAAAAAUGUGGUACAACUUAGUUGAUUUUUAAAUGGAUUCAUACAGUCUACACCAUACACUAAAGUGAGAAGGUAAUUCAGGGUUCCUAAGCUAUCCUUGCUGAAAACAAAAAUAAAAUAAACCUUUAGUAGUACUUCCCCAAUAUUCGUAUUUUGGUCAAUCCUGUUUUUCUUGUUAAAAAAAAAAAAAAAAGCUGUAAGCAACAACAUUUUGUCUAAAAGUUGUAAUGAUUUUUCAAUGCCAAAGAUGCAGCUGUCAAUAUUACCAGAAUGAGCGCUAUGUACUAUCAGAGGUAUAAAUCACUCUCCAUUAUUUUGAUUAUAUUUCUAUGGUUUUUAAUUUGGAAUCACAAAAUCUUUUAUAAGGCUCUAUAAACUCACCUGUAUAUGUUGUUAAAAAGAACACUGGGUGUCUGUACAUUUUGCAGUGUAAAAUAUAAUGUAAGUGAAGUUAAGUAUUUUAAGAAAAUCAUCCCAAACUCAUAAAUAUGCAUACAUACAUACACACACACAAAUGCGCACAUCUCUCUGACAUAGUUUUGUGAAACUAUACAAAUAUAUUGCAUAAAAUAUUUCUCUUGUGGCUAGGAAUAGUUAUUGAUAGAAUUCAAAUUACAAAGGCAAAGUACAUGCCAAACUAUUGACUCUUUUAUCACAAGGGAGGUUUGAAAUUAGGAACAUGGCACAUUCUCAGCUGACCCUUCUCCCAAAAAGGGGGGUUGGCUACCAUCUCUGUUGGGAAAAGGAUUAAGCCCUUGCAUAUACUCUUUAUGUUCUGUAACAAUUAUAUGGUUUGAAAUGGUAUCUUAGAGCAUUUCUUUUCUAUGAAAGAUUGAAAAUGGUAAACUUUCAAAGGUAAAGUUACAAGUUAUGUUCAUGUCCAUGGAGCUUAAGUACCAUUUACUAAAUGUAAAAAUCUAGUAAAAUGUUUUUUCUUUUUUUUUCCUUUUUUUGUAUUUUUUUUUCCUGGCUGUAUCUUAGUAUCUGUCAAAUAUUGAAAACAAAUGAUAGAACACUGUAUUGGCAAACAAUGUCUAGCCAAAUUUGAACAAAUGCCUAGGGACAAUCCAGUAUUAAGACAACAAAAAAAGCUUUCAUUGAUUGCAGUUGAAUUUGGAUCAUGCUGUUAUGUAUGAAUUCUGAUAUCCCCACCAGUGCUACCACAGGAUAAAUAUGCGAGAAGCAGAUUUUAGCCACUACUAUGUGGUUAUUGAGUCUGGUUUUCUUCCUUUUGUCAUUAUUUUUGUUUGUUUGUUUAUAAUGCCAGUUUCUAGAAGCUAGAUAAAUCAUUCGUAUGGAAACCAUCCAGCUAAGGAGCCAAACAAGACUCCUGACCAGUUUGUGGGAGCUCUCUGUUCAAACAGCUGGACUGAGCUCUGGAGUUAAUUUCACUACUCUUAGCAAAAUAUCAUUCUUAAACACUUCUAAUGCAUAUUUCUAGCACAUUUGUGUAACUAUAAACUAUUUGGGGGAUCCUUUUAAAAAUGUAUAUGCCAUAGAAAACACACAAACUAGUGCCAAGAAUGGCUAUUGAUUUGAGCAAACAAUAAUAGUGGAAUGUUUCUCUAGCUGUAGGUAGUGGGGCUUUUAGUCACCUACAUGCCUUGUUAGUUUUAUGAAGAACAGCAAUGAAUUUUUUGACAUAUCCUUCACGUAAAGCCUGUUAAAUUGUUGUUUCUGCUUUAAAAGCAAGUCUUUGUCCUCCAUGGAACUGUUUUUUCCUUAUUUCCAAGUAUCUCUUCAGUUGUAGACGCAUACUGUAGUGUUUAUUUUCAGUCUUUGGGAAGGAAAAAAAUAUUUGUUUUCUUUUUUCAUAAUCAGUGAAGUAUUUUUGUUUGAUAAAACUGCCUUCACAUUUGCAUAGAUUUUUUUUUUCUGAAAGACUUAACCAUAUCAAACCAUGUCAUUCAUUUCCAUAACUGAACUCCUUCAGUGAACUACGUAUGUAAUAUACACAUCUUCAUAUGUCCUUUCCUUUCGAUAAUAGAGACUUUGGUCCAUGUAUACAUGAACAUCCUUCUGAGUUCAUUGGGAGAGUCUCAGAGGGAAUAAUGAUAGGAUACAGAACUGCAGAGGAACAGAAAGUUUUUAAGUACUACAUCCUGGGCUCCCAAAAUAUUUAGACUUUUGCUGAUUUCCCUAGAUCACUGUGAAUUUCAGUAUGGUAACAUUUGAUGACAUGAGGUUUAGGCCACAUUAGAAAAUGGUACUUAGCUGUCAUGUCCCAAGAGAAGUUCUGAAAAGUGUGUAUGUCAGGAAAGGUUCAAUCUCUUCCCUAAUUAUAUGUGUUAGUGGGAAAGAUACCUGAUGCAUCUAGCCACUUCCCUCUGAAACUGAAUUGUUCAGCAUCUCCAUGUAUUUCAUCUGUCAUGCUACUAGGUGCCUGUCUGCAAUGAUAGGUAUGUAAAUGCCUUUAAACAUUAGCCUUUUGUAUUUGCCUCUUCCUUGAAGCAUAUGUGAUACAAAUGUCUAAGGAUUCUGAUUCCCAUAUCGGACAAAAAGCAAACUGAACUUGGGGGAAAAUAUUUAGAUUGAAUAUUACAGAGGAAUCUAUAUCCAUAAGCUGAAAUAGGGAAGGUUCUGAAACCACCUUCAUUAAAGGAUUUCAUGAAUAUUUCAAAAAAUACCUGUCAGGGAUGAUGUAAGUGUACUUAAACUUGCCUCAAAGAAAAGGCAUGAACUAGCUUCUCAGUCCUGUCAUUCCAUAAUUUUCCUAGUAGGGCAUAUUGAGCUUCGGAGGAUGUUAUCUGUACACAGCUGUAGGAAUAAGGACAUUCUAUCCUUCAAUUAGGUAUCAGAAGCAAUAUUUAAUGUUUAAAUUUGCAUAAAAUUUAUGAACGUAAUAGAACAAGCUGUGUGAAGAACUUCCUGUGUUGUAAAUUAAAGUUUCAGCACAGGACAGUGUUUUAUAAAGGAAAACAAAAUGAAAUCAGAUACGUUUUGUUUUGUUUUGUUUUGUAUUCCUGAUUUAGAUAUGUAGCAAUGGAUACCUAAGCAGCUUGCCUGUUCAAUUUCUUCCAAACCAGUGUUUAGUUUCUUCCAGACUGAUUAUUCCAAAACUGAGAAAUACUAAAAUAUUUCACUUUUUGAAAUAAAAUUUGGGGUAUUUAGUGUAGGUUUUUACUAAGCUGCCUACUAGGAGAAAAAUAAAAAUAAGUAUUUCCAAUAAUAUAUUCUCAGCUUAUUUGAACAAGGUGUAGUGAUUUUUCAACAGUAUUGUUGCAAAACUAAGUGGAAUGACAGUGCACAGAUAUAUAUAAUUUGUAAAGAUUAUGCUUCCUGCAUUAUAGUCACUAUAUAUGUGUGUGUUGGGGGGGUAUGUGUGUGUGUAUAUAAUGAUAGUUCAAAAUCUGGUAAAUUGCCACUGGAUUUUUUUCUUACAGGAGUACACUCUUAUCAGUAAAAGCAAAGAGAAGGGUAGAAACACAUUUAUGAUAUUAGAAAAUUAGACUUGUCCCUUAGUGUAGAAUGGAGUUUUGUAUUUGGUAUUUGAAUUCAGCCCCUUCUUCAUACAUUACACCCACAAUCAAUUCAGCAUUUGAUUUUAAAAAUUUUACCUGCUCAUAGUAGACUUUUUUUUUUUCUUUUUCUUUUUUUUCUUUAAAGUACUAUCAUUCCUCAGGGUAAAAGGUGGAUAAAUAGAUAGUCUUCCUAGGCUGAUAAAUUGUCAUUGCAAUUUUGCAAGGCUGUUAAAUAUUUAUAUGUCUUGUAUGGAGAAAGCUGAUCAUAUCCUGCCAUUGUUCCUUGUUCAAGUCUUGAGUUCUAUGGCAUUGGGACUUUUUGAUUAAAAUCUAUACAAAGGCGUAGGGGCCAAAAUGAGCAUCUUUGAUAUGCAUUUAGUCAUAGCACUUUGAUUGCAAAGCAUUAGCAUCAGAUCUCUACGAAGAACAGGAAGUUGUUCGUUCUAUUUGAAAUAAAGUAAAAGGCAGCCAGUAAGACUUUAUUAUUAUGUUAUGCUAUGGGAAAUUCUGAAACAAUUAAGUCCGUUGCACUGAUCCCUACAAUCAGAGCUCAAAUUUGUCUUAAAGAACUCCUUCACUUUUUUUGUCUCUAAUCUGCUAAUCUGUCUUGAUAUGAAAUGGAUACAUAUAUACAAACAAAUACACACAUCCAUUAAAAUUCAUUGCUGAGCAUCUGUGUUUUUGUAGAUAUCCUCAUAUGUAAGAAAUGAGCAAGAACUAACUUGGACAGCUUUCUUGAAUUGAAAUUGUUUUUGAAGUUGAAUUUGUUAAUAAAGUUCAUGAUAUUGUAUGUUGGCUGAGACAUCAGGAAAAAUGAAAUCUAUGUGGGUGUAGUUCUCCAGAAGGCAAAUGCUUCAUUUAGGAAGCAUCCUGUCAAAAAUGUGUAAAUGUGAGUGCUGGAAAUCUUGCUGAGUCAAGAUGAAACAUACUGUGCUAAAACUUUCUUGUUCUCUGUGUCAGCACUGAUUAAAAUGUCCUCUGGAUGUUAACCACUGUAGUCAUUCUGAAGACACCAAAAAUGGCAAACAGGGUUCAAAUGAUGUUUACCAAUCAUACUGAAGAGAGACAAAGACAAAAAGGUGAAUAUGUAUUAGAAUAUUUAUUUAUAUUUUAUAUUAUGUUAUACAGUAGGGAAAAUUCAGUUAAGCCAAGCAAUUAAUGAAACAGUAUGCUUCCAAAUAUGUGCAUUUCAAAGAUUAAAGUUCGCCUCAUGAUUAGCUUAAAAGCAUAUUUUGGAUAACUCAUCUUUGAGUUGCACUAAGAGCGAGGAGUAAUGUAUUGUAUAACAAUGCCUUAUGAGAACAUGAUAAAGUGAAUGUAACCAUAACAACCUUAAGUUUUAGAAGUCUUGGAUUCAAACAUUCAGGUUGCAAAACUGCACUGUAUUUUAUAUGCAUCAGAGCCUAAUUCCAUUAAAGGCAAUGGUCCAAGCCGCAGUGAUUUGAAGGAGAGCAAAAGGAAGUUCUCAUUUCUUUCUUUAUGCACAUGCAUUUUUAAGCAAGAACAGCUUGCAAUAAAAUUAUUUGACACCAAAAAAAAAAAAUGGGAAACUUCACUAGCUCUGCUUUUAAGAACCUGUGCAAUCGAGUUCUGAAAUUUGGAUGUUGCUAUAUGUCAGUUUAAAACAGACAUCUUUCUAGUGAUUUUAUCUUAAAGCAAAAUAAUGAAAUAUGUUAAAUGACAUCUCUGUUCAGAUUUCCUAAGAAGACCGAAACAGAAAUGCAGUCCUGAAAAGAUAUAUUCGUGAUUUUAAAAUGCAAAUGGGCAAAGAAUAAAAAAUUCAUUGAACCAGAGUAUUCUCACACUGCCAAACCUGGUGGUUGAAAAUGUGAACAAAGCAAGCAAAGAAAAUACCAGCCCCAACAAGUAAUGUUUCCAAAAGUUUUGCUUUGGAAGGUAACAAAUUUCCUAAUCACAUCAUCUCCUUUCAGGCCUAGAUGGAAAGAUGUAUCCUAUCAACGUUUCUGGUCUCACUUUUACUUGGAGUAUAGACAUACUAGAGGGUCUCCGUGUGUGGGCAGGUAGGAGUAUUCCUGUUCGACGAGAAUAAAAAAA